ACACCUUUAGUCUCCCCUUUAUAAACAGAAAACCCAUUUUGAUCCUAACACAACAAACCCAUACUAAUUCUUGUAACCUGUCAUCAAAUUCUCAGCAACUUAAAUUCGGUGGUCCAGCUUAUUUUCAUGACUAGUCUCAACUUCAAUGACCAAGACGGUGUUUUGAGAUCGAUUACGGAUGCUCCGCCAACUCAUUACACACUAAAAAUAGAGUCACUUUCGAUGCUGACCAAAAAUUCACUGGAGAAAUAUGAAUCAGGGGAAUUCGGAGCUGGAGGAUACAAAUGGAAACUUGUUUUUUAUCCAAAUGGAAACAAGAGCAAGAAUGUUAAAGACCACAUUUCUCUCUACCUGGUAAUGGCCGGAGCAAAUACUUCCCAGAUUCACUGGGGUGUACAUGCUGUUUUCAGGUUGUUUUUGCUUGAUCAGAAUACCGGCAACUACUUCGUUUUUCAGGAACAAAAGGAGAGGCGCUUUCAUGCAAUGAAGCUUGAUUGGGGUUUCGAUCAGUUUCUCUCCCUCAAAGAUUUUACUGAAGCUUCCAAUGGAUUUCUCAUGGAUGAUACCUGUGUGUUUGGGGCAGAGGUCUUUGUUUCUAAGGAAAGAAGCACGGGCAAAGGAGAGUGUCUGUCUAUGGUGAAGGACGCGGUUAUGUACAAACAUGUUUGGAAGAUUGACAGCUUCUCAAAGAUAAACACAGACUGCCAUGACUCCAAGACUUUCAGUUCUGGAGACCAGAAAUGGAAGAUACAACUCUAUCCCAAGGGAAAAGGCAUUGGAACGGGUAGUCAUCUUUCCCUUUAUUUGGCAUUGGCUGAUCCUACUUCUCUACCUCCUGGUACUAAAAUAUAUACAGAGUUUACCCUGCGCAUCCUUGAACAAAAAUUUCAAUGGCAUAAGUAUAAUAAAGGUAGUUUCUGGUUUAGUGCCUCAAAUCCAGAUUGGGGUUGGCAGAAAUUCAUUAUACUAGAGUAUCUCGGUAAUACAGGCUUGGGGUAUCUGGUGAAGGAUACUUGCACUGUGGAGGCAGAGGUCACUGUCCGUGGAAUUUCUAAUGCACUAUAGUAAAAGUCAGCACCUACUGAAUGAAGGUGUAAAUGUGUAAUGUUAUCAAAAUAUGGAGUUAAAUUGUUAAUAAGAUAAGAAUGCCUAAUCUCCAUUACUAUCAGUAUCUUCAUUACUUUCUUCAGUGUCUGCUCCUCCUUCAUGUGUAGCCCUAUCAUUUCUAUAUCUUGCAUAGUCUAGUAGUAGCAUGGAAAUAUUCCAAGCUCAAAGAAAGAGCACGCAGGGAAAAGCACAAAGAAUGAUUACAAGUUUUCUAAAUAAUUAAGCAUGGUGACUCCGUGGUGAUGGAGGAGCAUGAUGACUCCGUUCGCGGGGUCGUGUUUCCAAAUAAGCAGGUUUUUCCGGCCUUGCUUCUCGGUUUCUGAUCGCCCGAAGCGAUCGAGAUUUUUUUCCUUCAUUCCAGCCGUCAAGAUGUCCGUCGGCGCUGCGGGAGACCGUCGGGCAGGACUAGAUCUCCGGGUUAUGUCGUCGGAGGUGGUGGUCAGGUGCUGCUGCAGGAGACGACCUGAUGUCGUGGUUGGGUGCUGCUACUGUGGUCUGGGUCUGGGUUCGGGUUCGUAGCCUCGUCUUUUCCGGCGUCAUCGACCUGUGCGGUCGUGCAGUGCCGAGCAGGUCGACGGGGGUGCUGCGCUCCAUGGCAGGGCGCCGGUGAAAGGGACCAAAGCACGGGUCUGUGUGCCCAGAGCAAUUUUUUUUGGGCUUGGGUCUGGUAGGCCCUUUGUGGGCUGAUUCUCUUAGGCCCACCCAUUUGUGGGCCCGCAUUUGGGACCCUUGUGGCUUUUGUAUUACAACAAGGGAUCCGGGUAGUUUUCAUGUUCGGGUUGUUUUCUUGUUCUGGGGAAGCUCCCUUUGAGUAGGCUGUAGGGUGGUCAUGGAGGCUUAUGAAUAAAUUAGG